AUAUGCACAAAGAGUGGAAUCCCAAAUUAGAAAGAAAUAAAAUAAUUCAAAAAAAGAAAAAAGGUUAAUAAUUCUAAAUAUAAAUAAAGCAAACAAAUAAUUAUUUUCCUUAAUUUUUCUCUUUCUUUCUCUCUUUUUCAGGUCUCUCUCUCUCUAAUCUCUCUCAAUUUUCUUCCCCUCUCAAUAUCUCAAUUCAGGUUCGCUGCUGCAUAGAAUGGAGUCUUCCAAAGAGACAGGCUGCCAAGCUCCAGAAGGUCCCAUCCUUUGCAUCAACAACUGUGGGUUCUUUGGUAGUGCCGCCACCAUGAACAUGUGUUCCAAGUGUCACAAAGACAUGAUACUGAAGCAGGAACAAGCUAAAUUUGCAGCAACAUCAAUCGAGAACAUUGUAAAUGGAAACUCAAGCAGCAAUGGCAAAGAGCCUAUUGUCACUGGUGCGAUCAACGUGCAACCGGGAUCAGCAGAAUUGAAGGUUAUCUCUACAGAAGCAUCUUCAGCUUUAUCCUCAGGUCAAAGUUCAGAGGUGAAGCCAAAAGAGGGCCCAUCUAGGUGCACUUCUUGCCGCAAGCGUGUUGGUUUAACAGGGUUCAACUGCAAGUGUGGAAACCUUUACUGUGCAGCUCAUCGCUAUUCUGACAAGCACGACUGCCCAUUUGAUUAUAAGAAUGCUGGUCGGGAUGCUAUUGCUAAAGCAAAUCCUGUUGUUGUAGCGGAAAAGCUAAACAAGAUCUAGGAAGCAUCGUCUAUUGAAUGUUAUGUGAACUGAAAGUAUGACGUUCUUGCUUUAAAAUCUGUUGGUCUUCGUAUAAGGUGUCCCUUAGUUUUCGAUGGUAUAAGUGAUGAAACUGGGGCACAUCCAUUCUAUCUCCAGUUUGUAAGUUGUUAUUUAUGCUGGUUUGGUGGAUAUCAUCAUUGGACUCGUAGUCCUUGUUCUUUCUCAAA